AUGUCUAACGAUGAGUUAAUAGAGAUAUUGUCUUGGUUACCUGCAAAAGCAAUCCACAAACUCAAAUCUUCUUCAAAACUCUUUUCAGAGCUUCCAGAAACUCCAUACUUUGUAGUAAAACAAGUAAAAAACUCGUUGAAGAAAGUUCGUCCUUCAUGCUUCUUCAUUCAAAGAGAUGACAUUCUGAAUCACAACGACUGCGUCGAGUUGCAUCCUUUACCGGGAGAGGAACUUUUCUCCGGCGUCCCUAAAAACACGCUACGAUCCAUCGCAAGCUCGCGGCUCAAGAUUCUAAGCUCAAGUAACGGUUUACUCCUCUGUCUUCAUGGAAUGGAAUUAUUUAUCAUCAAUCCAGCAACUUGUUACCUUUUACACAUUUCCCUCCCCAACCACUUGCAGCAGCGAGGGAAUCUUCAUAGUGUCUCCAUGACACUGGAAUGCGACUCUGAUGAUUACAGGUUGAUUCUUUUUGACAAUGAGGAUUGGAGUUCACAUUUUGAUUGUCAUGUUUAUAGUCAUAAACAAGGUACUUGGAGCUUAAGGAAGAACUGUUUCUUUGCUGGAUCUAGGGUUUUGAAAUUUGACAUGCCUGUGAUUUGCAAUGGCGCCAUUCAUUUCAUCUUGGAUUGCUACAGUUAUCUUGCUAAAGAUAUCACUCAUUUUAGGUCUUAUAUCAUAUCUUAA